AUGAGGCAAAGCUUGAGCAGCUCUUUCGAUGAGAAACUGUUUGUGUUCUUGCUUGAGUGUUUAUGUCAAGAAGAGACCACCAUUGUCAGUCCAGCCUCACAAGACCAUAACUCAAUCUAUCAACCACUACCGAAAGAUAAUGCCUCUUUUCGUCUGAUUACUCUACUACCGGCGCCUUCGCUCAAAGAGACAGUUCGCUGUAGACUCUCGCAUUCUUCUUCGCUGGAUAAACCUAAAUAUGAAGCUAUAUCCUUCGUAUGGGGCAGUCAAGAGAAUAAAUGCAAGGUUUUAAUUGACGACCAGGAUUUUUCGAUCACCCAGAAUUUGCACGAGGUUUUGCUGACAUUGCGUGACUUAUCCGUGUCUAAAGUCAUAUGGGUCGAUGCAAUAUGUAUCGACCAAAGCAAUCUGGAAGAAAGGGCUUCUCAGGUGAAACUGAUGGGCAAGUUGUUCCAGAUUGCUGAGAGGGUCGUUGCAUGGCUAGGC